CAACACUUCCGCCCUGCUCGCGCUCCGCUCCGCGCUGCUCCGCUGUGCUGUGCGCCGCGCGCCUGCUCGCCUUCUCUGCUGCACAAUCCAACAUGGAGUAAUGAGAGAUGGGGCUCGUACGGGGCCACCCUCAGCAACAUCAACCGCGCAUUUAGCACCAAGGCAAGCUCGGAACCCAUGCAAAUGCAACAGGAAAUAAAAUAAGAAUACAAUAUCAAACUAACCCAGGUUUAGAUCCACUCGCAUCUGAAGUCCUUUACCGUUUAUUUUUUAUUUUUUUUAUCAGUAACUCCGCAGGAGAAAAAAAUAGACGAUCGAGAGACGAAAAGCCAUUAGGAGGCACGAAGAGGAGAACAAAACAAUCGGGAUAAGAAAAACAGAGGUCUGGACGAGUGACACUAGUGCGAUAUGUGACUGAUCUGUUUCGGGGCACAGAGAAAAAAUGACGAACGGAAAGAGUGCACCCGUUGCGGGAUUUUGUGCUAGGUGAAACGAGAAAAUGAUUGAAGAAACACACACAAACGAUGACAGUUACAUCGUACGCGUCAAAGCGGUGGUAAUGACCCGGGAUGACUCGAGUGGGGGUUGGUUAGCACAGGAAGGUGGAGGGCUUAGUCGAGUUGGUGUGUGCAAGGUGGCACCCGCUGAACUGAGCGGCCACAGCGACUUCCUCAUCCAUGGAGAGCGCCUCAAAGACAAGCAGGUGGUCCUGGAAUGUUUUGUGAGGAAAGAUCUUAUCUACACCAAGGCCACACCCACGUUUCAUCACUGGAAGGUUGACAACAGAAAGUGUGGCCUCACGUUCCAGAGUCCUGCUGACGCCCGUGCUUUUGACCGAGGGGUACGGAAAGCGCUGGAGGACAUAACAGAAGGUUCCACAACUUCCUCUUCAACACUCCAGAAUGAAGCUGAACUAGGAGAUGAUGAUGUUUUCACAACUGCUACUGACAGCUCGUCGAACUCAUCCCAGAAAAAGGAGCAGAUCAUGCAGCCACUGACAACCUCCACCUUCUACGAGCCACACCGACAUCACCAUCAGUACAUUCUGGGUCACUUCCAUGAGCAGUACAGGUCAUCAGAACGCUACUUUCUGGACCAGGCAGCCCCCAGGUUGGCACGACGUGUCAGCUUCCUAGAUGAGGAGGAGGAGGUUGUGCGCAUAAACCCACGCGAGCGUGCCUGGCUCUCAGGCUAUGAGGACUAUCGCCAUGCGGCAGCACGUGCUCAGGGUCUCGACUCAUAUGUGCAUUUUGCCAAGGGUGAUGCACUGGACAAGCAUGACUACAGCUAUCCGUAUGCACCAGGCUCGGAACUGAACAAGGGCCCUCCCCGAGGCUCCGGGGUUGGAGCUGUGGUUUCACAGCCAAUCAGCUUCAAGCACAAGGAGGAUGAGGAAGAGGGUCUGGGUGAGCGACGACACUGCGUGUACUGUGGCGUGUUCUUCCGGCAUGAGGAGAACGGCCGCGGACGCUGUCCUGACGCCCCGGACCCAGCACGCUUGUGCAUCCGACGCUUCAGCUGCAUGUGGUGUGCAGACAGCCUGCUCUACCACUGCAUGUCAGAUCCCGAGGGUGAUUACUCUGAUCCCUGCUCGUGUGACACAGCCGAUGAACGUUUCUGUCUACGCUGGCUAGCCCUGUUCGGCCUCGCACUGCUUGCACCCUGCCUCUGCUGUUACCCACCACUGCAUGCCUGUCACCGAUGUGCCGUGGCCUGUGGCUGCUGUGGUGGGAAACACAAGGCCGCUGCAUGACCCUUGACACUGAUCCAGCCCAGAUAUCACAUGGUGAACGCACCCAGAUAAAUGGCGGCAUUGAGGAACACAACAGGAGGCGGGAGGGAAGUUUCUGUCUUUUCACAGACAAAAAGAACAAAAAUGGUGCAUUUAACUGGCUUAAAAUCUUUUCUCUCCAUAUAUAAUUAUAUUUGUUCUGUGUGUGUGUGUGUGUGUGUGUGUGUGUGUGUGUGUGUGUGUGUGUGUUUGUAUGUGUAUAUAUAUAUAUAUAUAUAUAUAUAUAUAUAUAUAUAUAUAUAUAUAUAUACACACAUACAGUACAUACAUAAAUGUAUAUUAUAUAAAUGUGUGUGUAUGUGCGUUCCUGUGUUUGUUUCCUUUUUUUCAACUUCUGAACAUUUUCUUCCGUUCCGUACAUUUCCCCCCUCCCACCCCAACAAAAAAAAGGGGUGGCCCUUUUGGAGCCAACUAAUUUAGCAUUACUUCUGCAGGUACUUUAUAUUUUUACACUGAUUUUUUUUUUUUUUUUAGAACUUGAAUUCUUUGUUUUUAAUGGUGCACGCACUCAAUUGCAGAAUCAGUUGGUGUCCGGUUUGUUUGCCUUGGCAAACAGCUGUGAGGUGUUGUAAUCUAUCUGAAUCCCUCCAAACUUACUAAAUAAUAACAGUGAUAUUUGCCUCAGACACUAAACCUCUAGUGAGGUUCAUAGUGUGCGCUUGAUCGGGACUGAGUGUGAGUGUGUGUGCGUGUGUGUAAUAGUGCAGAAGCCUGCAUGUGUGUUUGUAAAGGAAUGAGAACAUUGACAUUGUAUUACAGCAUAGUAUUGUUGUUAUUGUAUUUAAGCCAAAUUUACAUAAGCUGCAGUGUGAGUAUAUGUAAAUACUGUAUACUCAUGUAUAUGUUUAAAAUUGAUUGAUUAUUAUAUCCACAACCACAUUUUGCAUUUUUUCCUUUUUGUUGAUUAGUUUAGUGGAUAAGGAUUUUUUUUGUUUUUUUUAAUGACCAUGAUUGAUAUCCAAAGAUUGUUUAUUGGAUUUUUUUUGUCAUAUUUAUUUACUUAGUCAGUUGAAUCACCAGCAAAAGGAAGAAGGAAAUAUGGACAUGGAGUUUGGCAUUUGAGUUAGAAGCCUGGUCAUAUGAGAAAGUAGAAGAAGCCCAGUUGGAAUGGUGUAUAUUAUGCUUGGAGUGCAAUGCAUAACAAGUAUCUGCUUUCCCCAAUCCGACAUGUGGCUUUUAACACUUUUAAUCUAAUAGAGAAAAAGUGUUCUUGUUUUCAAAAGCGAUCCUGCUCUAUAGGAAGCCUGAAUGGAACGGAACACCUAUUAGAGGGACAUUUGCCAAAAUGAUCUCUAAUGUUACGUGAAGCCUUAAUAUUUUGGUUAAAGAAAAAAAGAAAAAAAAGAAAAAGAAGUGAUUGCAAUUCCACUGCGUCUGGAGCGACGUUUAUGUGUGAGACAGGCGCACCUUCGUGAGUUCUUUUAAAUCUAGAGAAAGUGAAGAAUAUUUUUGUAAUAUAUCAAAUAUGAUCAUGUCUAAAUGAGCCUUUUUUUUAAAUUAAGAGAAUGUGUUUAAAUUGUAGAGGGACAUUAUAGGGAGAAAUGGCAUCGUACAAUCUGUGAGGCAGCUUUGGUACAUAGUCUGUCUCAAUCAUUAGAACCUGCUCCAACCCCAUGAAUGUCAUUGCAAUCGUCCACUCGUUGUUCACCCAUGAAGAAAUUAUAUCUGGUUUAGCUGGUAAAGUUGUACAUGCACGAUUCUGUCUUUGAAUGUACAUGGCUAUUAAUAAUGUCUGUGUUUUCCAAAUUAUAACAUUCAACCUCGCAGUCAUAGUGUGUCAUUAUUAGUACAUUACAGUCACAACUGUGUCUUGCUGAAAACGUAGGCUGUGUAUCAGUACAUGGGAGGGUUGGGGAGGAGUGGCACUGUAUUCUUUAUCCACAACAUAUCCUUUUUGGCUCUCCCAUCAGCUUUGGCAAUACUGAAUAAACAUCAUCUUGUUCACUAAGAGCCCGGGAUACCUGUGGUUUCAAACAAACAAACAAAAAAAGUCUGUACGUCUGUCACAGUGCAGUCUUACUUCUACAACACAAUUCCAUGUUUAAAAAGUGCCUAAAGCAUAUUGUUAAUUUGUCUCCUUGUAUACUAAAAGAAAGAUGAAAUAAAACCCUAUUGUAUUGUUAAUUUUUUUUUACACAAUAAGAAUUUUUACCUCUGUAAACAGCAAAAAGAAAUCUCAAGUGUAUGAUGUAAAUUUGUUUUUCUUUUUUUUUUUUUAUUGUUUCUAACAUUAUAUGUUCAAUGAAGCUCUUUUUUGCUUUUGAGAGGACAAAAGAAAGAAAGUCCUUUGUAAAUACAGGUAGAUCAUGUCAGAACUACUAGAAGUAUGGCCUGGCCAGUAAGUAGUUCUACAUGUGUGUCCUAGUUCCCAAUAAAAAUAAAACACAAAUUCA